GUUUUUGCGGUGUCCAAUGGAAAAAAAAAUUUAAUCGCAGCGGACACGGAUACGACACCUUGUUUCAAAAAAAGGACACACCAAUUUAAAAAAAUUAAUUUUUUUUUUUAUAAAAAAAAAAAGCCCAACUCAAUAAUUAUUAAAUUUUUAUUAUUUAUAAAACUAAUAGGUUUUUUUUACCUUUUAUAUCUCACUUCUCCACUAUAAAAAUAACACAAUUAGGGUUGUUUUUUUAUUCCACGGUUUCUAUUUCCACAAGGUUUUGUUAUAUUCUCUCCUAUUGUUUUCAUCUUCGCCGUCUCACGCCGGUAUGUAUUUUUCCUAAUACAAUAAUGUUUGAAGUAUUUGAUAUCAAUAGUAUGAAUGGGUUUUCUAAUAAUAUUUACUGUUUUUCUUCAUCGUUGAAAAAGUUUUACAUUAGAUUGAAUAAAGUUUUACUUUUUUUAAUAGUAUAAAGUUUUUCUAAUAAUAGUUACUAUUUUAUUCAAGGUUUUAUUUUUAUAUUGUUUAUUAUAGAUGAGUUCUUCUAGUUCUAGUCAAGCUCAAGCAAAAGAACAAGAUGAUUCCAUCAAACCUUUAUGGCAGUAUGUUACAAAGAUUAAAAAAACGAGUGCCGGAGGUGGAAACAGUGAAAUUCAGUGUCAUCUUUGUAAGAUAACUUUUAGUGGGUCUUAUACUAGAGUGAGAGCACACUUGUUGAAGAUAUCGGGACAAGGCGUAAAAGUUUGUAAAAAAGUAACAACUGACAAACUUUUAGAUUUAACCAAGAUGGACAAUGAAUAUACAUUGAAGAUGGAAAGGCUAAAAACAAAACCAGUCUCUUUGCCUCCAAUUUCUAGUGCACCCGAAGAUUCUUCCACCCUAAAUAUCACUGUUGAACCAAAAAAGAGAAAGACAUCAACACUAGAAGCUGCCUUUAAUCUGCAAUCUAGAGAAGAACUGGAUUAUAAAAUUGCUAGGAUGUUCUAUUCUGCAGGGCUACCAUUUCAUUUAGCAAGAAAUCCUCACUUUAGGGAGGCUUUUUCUUAUGCUGCCAACAAUUCUAUACCUGGUUAUCAACCCCCAUCUUAUAACAAACUAAGGACUACAUUACUUCAAAAUGAGCGGAACCAUGUGGAAAACUUGUUGCAGUCGAUAAAAAGUACAUGGAAUCAAAAGGGUGUGACUAUUGUUAGUGAUGGAUGGAGUGAUCCACAAAGAAGACCUCUUAUUAAUUUCAUGGCUGUCACAGAGAGUGGACCUAUGUUUCUAAAGGCGGUAAAUUGCUUUAAUGAGGUAAAAGAUAGAGAAUUCAUUGCUAAAUGUAUCAGAGAGGUAAUUAUGGAGGUUGGACCUUCAAAUGUUGUGCAGGUAGUGACGGAUAAUGCACCUGUUUGUAAGGCAGCGGGUUUAAUUAUCGAGGCUGAGUUUCCUUCUAUUUACUGGACCCCAUGUGUUGUGCAUACAUUAAAUCUUGCUUUGAAGAACAUAUGUGCAGCCAAGGAUACUGAAAAAAAUAGUAUUGUUUAUAAAGAGUGUUCCUGGAUCACCAGAGUUGCGGAUGAUGCAAUAUUUAUCAAGAACUUUGUCAUGGGUCACUCUAUGAGAUUGUCAAUUUUCACUUCAUUUAGUCCAUUAAAGUUGCUUUCGGUUGCUUCAACAAGAUUUGCAUCCACUAUUGUAAUGCUCAGGAGAUUUAAGCUUUUGAAGACGGGACUCCAACAAAUGGUGAUUAGUGAGCAAUGGUCUUCUUACAAGGAUGAUGAUGUUCAAAAGGCACAAUUUGUGAAGGAUACCUUGUUGGAUGAUAAUUGGUGGGAAAAAGUUGACUAUAUACUUUCUUUCACUAAUCCUAUUUAUGAUGUUCUUAGAAGAACCGACACGGAAGCUUCAUGUCUUCAUCUAGUUUAUGAAAUGUGGGAUUCAAUGAUUGAAGAUGUGAGGAAGGCCAUAUAUACGCAUGAAGGAAUAUCAAAUGCUGAAAUUUCAACCUUUCAUCAGGUAGUCCAUGCUAUAUUAAUUGACCGCUGGACUAAGAGUAGCACACCUCUCCAUUGCCUAGCUCAUUCUUUAAAUCCAAGGUAUUAUAGUAUAGAAUGGCUAAGUGAAGAUCCUAAUAGAGUCCCUCCACAUCAAGACAUUGAGCUUACUGAUGAAAGAGAAAAAUGUUUUAGAAGGUUGUUUCCUGAUGCAGAUGAAAGGAGGACAGUGAAUAUAGAGUUUGCAAACUUCUCAGAUGGAAGAGAAGGUUUUGGCAAUCUCGAUGCUAUUGUUGAUAGAGAUAAAAUGGAUCCAAAAACAUGGUGGUUGGUUCAUGGUGCCCGAGCUCCAUUACUUCAAAAGGUUGCGCUUAAGCUACUUGCACAACCUUGUUCAUCAUCAUGUUGUGAAAGAAAUUGGAGCACUUAUUCAUUUAUCCAUUCUUUGAAAAGAAACAAGAUGGCACCACAUCGAGCAGAAGCUUUAGUAUUUGUGCAUAGUAACCUUCGACUUCUAUCAAGGAACACUCCCCAAUAUCAUCAAGAGGAAACUAAAAUGUGGGAUGUCGCUGGAGAUGAGUUUGGAUCAUUAGACGACAGUGGAUUUCUUGAAGUUGCUAACUUGUCUUUGGAUGAGCCCGGCUUAGAGGCUGGUUUUAUCAAUAAUAUAUAGUGACUAUGAUAUCAUAUGAUUUAUAUUAUUUUAUUUUGGUGGAUUUAUGUCUUUUUUUAUUGAAAGUACUAAGUUUAAAUAAAUAUAAAUUUUGCUUCUCGUUUUAAACUCUUUCUUAAAAAUUGUGCCCAUACAUUACAUUAUUAUAUUAAUAUAUAACAUAUAUAUAGCCGUAUCCGUGUCCUAUGUUUUCUAUAUUAGCGGGGUCCCCGUGUCCGUAUCCGUGUCGUGU